AUGAAGGAGCAAAUCGAUCGGGAGUUGCGAGCCUUGGCAUCGGUAUGCCGAGGAGCUCGUCAACUCGAUGCCAUUUCUUCCGGAGUGAUGAUAUGGAUGUCGCUGCUGGGACCUUGUCGCCUCCACCGGCAUGCCGACUGUGCUGAGAGAGUCGCAGCGAAGAUCUUCGAGCUGGAGCCCGGCUACACGACUGCCUACGUCGUUCUCUCAAACAUGUACUCGUCGAUCGGGAGGAGGGACAAGGUAUCGAUGAUCCGGAACCUGAUGAAGUCGAGGCGAGUGAGAAAAGUUCCGGGGAUCAGCAACAUCGAAGUUGGCAGCGAAGUUCACAGUUUCGUGGUGGGGGAUCUUUCGCAUCCUCGCAGCGAAGACAUCGUCGUGGAGCUCCAGAGGCCGGCGAGAGAAAUGCGAGACGCUGGCUACGUUCCCGACACGAAGGAGAUCUUGCAUGACGUUGGCGAGGAGCAGAAAGAGGAGCUGCUGCACUACCACAGCGAGAAAAUGGCUGUGGCUUUUGGAUUGAUCAGCACGGAGCAAGGGUCGCCGCUGAGGAUCCUCAAGAACUUGCGGGUGUGCGGGGAUUGCCACUCGGCUAUCAAGUUUGUGUCCAAGAUGGUGGGACGAUCUAUAACCGUGAGAGACGCUAGCCGGUUCCAUCACUUUAGCAACGGGACGUGCUCUUGCGGAGAUUACUGGUGACUAAAUUUUGCUCGGCCUAUUUCGAGAAAUCGAUGCU